GACGACACGGCCGGCCCCCGGGGUUCUGGAGCACGCCACCCGCAUUUCCGUUUCCGCCGCCCGCCGCCUGGUUCUCCCGGCCCGGGGCCGCGACGGGUUUGGUGUUUCUGCAUCAUGUCGGGUGGCUUACUGAAGGCGCUGCGCAGCGACUCCUACGUGGAACUCAGCGAGUACCGGGACCAGCACUUCCGGGGCGACAAUGAAGAACAAGAAAAAUUACUGAAGAAAAGCUGUACAUUGUAUGUUGGAAAUCUUUCCUUUUAUACAACUGAAGAACAGAUUUAUGAACUCUUCAGCAAAAGUGGUGAUAUAAAGAAGAUCAUCAUGGGUCUGGAUAAGAUGAAGAAAACAGCAUGUGGAUUCUGUUUUGUGGAAUACUAUUCAAGAGCAGAUGCGGAGAACGCAAUGCGGUACAUAAACGGAACUCGUCUGGAUGACCGGAUCAUACGGACAGACUGGGACGCAGGCUUUAAGGAGGGCAGGCAGUAUGGACGUGGACGGUCUGGGGGUCAGGUUCGGGACGAGUAUCGGGAGGACUACGAUGCUGGAAGAGGCGGCUAUGGGAAACUGGCACAAAAACAGUGAGUGGGGCGAGCCCCAAGUACACAGCUCACAGUCCAUCAACACAGUGAUGACGCUGGAGAACACUACCCAAGGUCUCCUCAGCGUCUCUGUUGUACUGGAAGCCACCUCUGGUUUUCCUCUGAAAUAUUAAAAGACAGAACCCAAAGAACGCCUUUAACUCUAGUCUCAUUAGGACGUCAAAAAGAUCCACCCGGCAACAGACAGAGUCUGUGCUGAUUAGGGAGACCGGACAAAACGUCAGAACUGACUUGUAUAAGUAGGCAGGUCAUCUUCAUGGGGCCUAUGUAGCUUUGCUCUAACUUAGGAACAGGUGUUUGACAACUGGAUUUGCCUUUUAUAGUUCAGUAUAGUUGGCACCAAUCCAGCCUUAAAUGGUCCUGGGAGUGCCACCUGCUUCUAUGCUUCAUGCAUCAGGAUGCUGUCAGGACUUGGUGUACACUAAAUACAUUUCUCAAAAGAUGCAAAUGUUUCACUGAAAAUUUAAAACAAAACAAAAACAAAGACCUUGUUAUACAGAGAGCCUCCGAUAUCCUAAGUAGGGAGGACGCGUUCAGCAGGGAAGGGAAUGAAAACUCAAAUGUUGCCGUGAUAUGGGAGCUGAGAUUGGAACCAUUCAAUUAUUAAAUUAUUUCUUCCCACUUUCAAAAGGACCUUAGAAUAGAGUGGGCUUUAGAAAAGGGCUUCACCCGGGCCUGUAAUCCAUUACUUGGGAGGCUGAAGCAAGAUGAUCAAAAGUUAAAGGCCAGCUUAGUGACUGUGUAAGUCUGCCUCAAAAUAGAAACUUAAAGGGGCUAGGGAAGGUACUGGAUACAGCAGUUAAGGACUUAUGUGAGUGUUCCUGGCUUUAAUCAUUGGGAUUAAACAAUAAAAAAGUCUGAAAAUUGGGAGAGAAAACCUACUCUAGGAACCUCUGUUAUAACUGAUACACAUAUUUUUAAGUCUUUUUUUUUUUUUUCCCUGAAAUUGUGCUUACUGAGGUCCAUGUAUUAAUAAGAAGUCAGUCUGUGUAGGAGUCUAAAAGAAUUUUUUUUUUCAUUUUCUUUGUAUUAUAUAUGAGUAACUUUUUUGAUACAGAUACAAGAAUAAAUCUUUUCAUGUUUGUUACUAAAGCAGCUUCUAUUCUCGCUAGUUUUCAUGGUUGGGUCAGAACAUCUCUGACGCUCUAUUAAGUGUAGUUUUCUUGGAGCUGUAACAACUGUAAUGCCUUGGAAGCCCAUUUGCAAACACUCAGUGAGGAGACACUCAAGUUUUAAAAUAAAGCUUUUCAUACUGUAGCUUGAACUGUUUAUCGUACAUUCUUUUGUAGUGAAAUAUAAAUCUUCUGUAACAAGUUUCAAUAAAGUUAGACCAACUUC